AUGCGCAUUCAUGCGCAUGAACUCCUACUGACACUAAUGAAACUUCGUCUAAACCUAAAUGAUGAAGAUCUAGCAGUCAGGUUCUGUGUCAGUACGUCAGUCAUUUCAAACAUAAUUUCAACUCUUCUCCCAUUUCUUGCUAACGAGCUCAAAAGUUUAAUCUACUGGCCAAGUCGUUCUGCUGUUCAGAAUCACUUUCCUUCAUGCUUCAAGAAACAUGGACAGGUUAGAGCAAUAAUUGAUUGUUUUGAAGUUCAAACACAGAGGCCAUCCCAAAGUGAUGUCAAUUCAAAAUUGUACUCGAGCUAUAAGCAACGACAUACAUACAAAGUAUUGGUAGCAUGUACCCCAGGAGGAUCAGUAUCUUUUUUAUCACCAACUGCAGGGGGAAACAUGUCUGAUAUUGAAAUUGUACGAAAGAGUGGUAUGCUUGAUUUAUUGGAGAACGGCGAUGUAGUCUUGGCAGACAAAGGUUUCAAAGACAAGUCAGACUUUCUCCUUCACGGGUGUAAACUGGUGAUACCACUGUUUAGUAAGAAGGGAAAGGUUUUUACUGAGGAGGCAAACAUAACUAAUGCUGCUGUAUCUAAUUCACGAAUACACAUUGAAAGGGUCAUCGGGAGGAUGAAGGAGUUUCAAAUUUUGAAAGGAGAUUUUCCAUUACUCCGAAGCGACAUUGUCGAUCAUGUGUUUACAUUAUGUGGUGUGCUAGUUAAUCUGCAAAGCGUCCUUGUUCCGAAAUGAUUUAGUUGUUAAUAAUGCAGGCAGUUACAAUGUUAAAUAUCAACCAAAUUUACAUUUAUUUUUACUACUGGUACAUUCACUCGGCAACUAUGUACAUAUUAUAGUACCCAUACAAUAUUAUAAGUUAUCUGUCAGUACGUGCUAAACCACCAAUCAGAUGCUCAAACUACUUAUAUUAUCACACAAGCGUGAGUUGAAUGUGGAAAAAUAUAACGCUUCUGCGUCCCAUAUCCAACAAGGCCGAAGGCCAAGUUGGAUAUGGGACGCAAAUGCGCUAUAUUUUCCGUAU